CCUUCACCAUUGGCUUUUUGAGCGGCGCUGUCGCUAGGGAGCGGCGGGCAGGGCGAGCACAGCCCCGGGAGAAGCCCAGGCUGUUUGUUCCCGUAACCCGGGAGAGAGGACGCACACAGUCGGGCGCGCGGACACACACGCACGCACACGCACGCUCGCGGCGAGUUCGAGCCCCGCGGCCCCCUGACCGCCCGAGGGCGCCCCCCGCGCCGCGCCAGGCGGAGCAGAACCCGCCUCCUGGUUCCUGCUGCUGCCGCCCAGAGGAGAGAGGAACCUGCAACCUCUGCCUAGAAUUUCCCCUGGCGCGGCGGGCAGCGGAGAGCGGCGGAGGUGGGCGCGAGGAGGGAAACGCGAUGAAUGAGUUCUCCCCUCGCCUCGGAGUUGACUGAGUUGGCGGCGCCGCGCCCGGGCUUCCGGCUCUCGGCGCCCCACGCGCUCUCGGCUCCCGGGGCUGCAGCCCACGCCCGCGGCCCGGGCUCUGCCCGCCGCGCGGGGGAGCCGAGGCUCCGAAGCUCCUGUCCCGGCUCCAGUCCGGGGGAAAAAGGAGGGCUGUCCCCUGGCCGAGGCGCACGGCCGCGCUAUUUUCCUGCACUCUCCCCGGCCCCAUCUGUCUCUCUGGCGUCUCAUCAGCAAUCCCGGAUCCAGGCUUACCUGGAGAAGAACAAGAUAGGUCCCCUGUUUGAGGAAUUAAUGACCAAAUUAAUAACUGAAACGCCUGACCAGCCAAUCCCAUUUCUCAUUGACCAUCUUCAGUCUAAACAAGGAAACCAUGGACAACUUCAAAGAACUUUAUCUGGAUCUGCAGCUCUCUGGGCAGAAAGUGAAACAUCAGAACAUAAAGGAACAAGAAGGGAUUUCAGAAGUUAUGAUAAGCCUUGGCAAUUAAGUGCAAAGAAGCCUAAAAAGUCAAAAAGUGACCUUGCUGUGUCUAACAUUUCUCCACCAUCACCAGAAUCCAAAUCAUUGCCAAGGUCAGUAGAUCAUCCUAAGUGGAACUGGCGAAUUAAACCACAAAGCCGUGAUUUUGAUGAAUUGAACCACAUCCUUCAAGAGAGCAAGAAGCUGGGAAAAGCCCUUGAGAAUCUCUCUCGAAGUAUUGCAAUUUCAGAUGAACUCGAUAAGGAAACAGUGUCAUUUAAUUCUUCUCUUCUGAGACCCCGUGUGAUUGGAGAAUGGAUUGGUCGAGAAGAGAAUGAUGCUGACCCACUGGCUGCUGAAAUGCUCCAGCCCCCAGUUCCAAGAAGUAAAAAUGAACAGUGGGAAAAUGAAGAUAAUAGCUCUAGCCCUGCAGGAAGCUUAAAGGUGGAGCCCAAGACUAAAGGAUUAAAACAGCAGCAACAGCAACAUAAGAAACUUCUGGCAGCAAUGCUCUCUCAAGAUUCUUUUGAGUCUCUCCACAGCCCUACCCCAUCUGUAACAGAAGAAGAUAUUGAUAAUGAAGAUGAUGCAAUGGAAUUGCUGGAGGAUCUUGAUGAUUUAAGAAUGGAGGGAGUAACUACCCUUGUACCUUCUGGGAGCAAAUUUAACCAAGCUCGCGCUACUCACCCUGCUGAACCUCAGGCCAAGGUCACACUGAACAUCUGUUCAAGGUGUGCCAGGCUUCAAGGAGACAACCUGGAAGAAAGGACAGAGGAGACAUCGCAAGCACUGCAUUCUCCAGAUGAAAUAGUCCCAGAUUCUUUGGAUUCUUUACCCGGGACUGAAGAAGCACUAAUGGAAGAGGGUGAAGAAUUUGAGAAAGCAUCUAAAUUAGCAGGACAUGGAGAAGUCUCCAGUGGAGUACAGUCACUGAAAAACUACGUGGAAGAAGAUGAAUCCUUAAAGCAAUUGCAAGUAGUUCAUCAGCCAUGGAUCUUGCCAAGUGACACAGAAAGUGAAGGAGUCGAAGCAGAGCAAGAUAAACGUUCUGCUGAUCUUCUCCUUUGUGUUCCAUGCUCUUCUUGUCCUACCCUGGUCUACUCUGGUAUGUUUGCUCAGGGCACUUAAUAUCAAUGUCAGGUAAUUAUGGGUACUAUCCACA